AUGGAGUCAUUUCGGGUGCGCCUCAACUGUAUCGAUCAUUACCAGGCGCACGCGUCGGAGUUAGAUCCUCCGCUGCCUUUUCGUGAUGGAGCAUCGGAGAAAGAUUUCAAGCCUAAGGUGCCUGUGAUUCGGGUUUUUGGAGCCACCGAGACCGGACAAAGGGUGUGUGUCCAUGUUCACGGCGCCUUUCCAUACCUCUAUAUCGAAUACAAUGGGUCCUUGGUACCGGAAGAAGUAAACGCAGCGAUUCGAACUCUUCAUCUCUCCAUUGAUCACGCUUUGGCGGUCAGUUUUCGCCAAAAUGCGUAUGAUAGGAAGAUAGCCUAUGUGGCGCAUAUCACCUUGGUGAAAGGAGUCCCAUUCUACGGAUACCACGUAGGAUGGCGGUUCUUUUUCAAGAUUUACCUCCUAAACCCCUCUCACACUAACCGUUUGGUUGAUCUUUUGCACCAAGGAGCUGUGAUGAAACGUCCUCUCCAACCUUACGAGGCGCAUGUACAAUACAUCCCGCAAUGGAUGUGCGAUUACAACUUGUACGGAUGUGCAAUCAUGAGUUGCAGUAAAGUCAAGUUUAGAGGACCGGUACCUGAGUACCUCGAGCUUGGCGAUCUCGACCAUCGUUGGCAUGACCGUUCAAUUCGGUCUGAGGACAUACUAGAUCAUCCUGCUUUACAAAAACAAAGCCAUUGUCCGCUGGAGGCUGAUGUAUGUGUGCAAGAUAUCUUGAACCGUGCUGAUAUUAAAGAACGACCUUUGCAUCAUGACUUCACGGAGCUUUUGAGACCAGUUGCGGUGAACGAGCGGCUGGUUCCGAGCAUGGCUGGAUUAUGGCAGGAUGAGACUCGUAGGCGAAAAAAGAGACUGGGGAUUGUCGAUCCCGGAAGCUCUCCAUUCGGACCGGAAGAGUUGGUCUCAAUGUCAGCGGAUCCAAGAAAUCAGUCCAAGGGUGGAUGGGUACACGAGGAAGAAUUCCGUGAUAUGGAAGCUCAGCUGGCUGCCAACGAAAAGCGAAAUGAUGACAACAAAGAAACAUCAUUUGAAAUUUUUCUGGAUACCAAGGACUUGGCAGAGAGUGUCAAAACUGCGUUGGAUAGCGUCGAAGAUUUCUUUCCGAACAAGAUUGGCACUUUGACAUUUAAUAGCAUUCGUCUCGAAGAAUCAGCCCAGCAAAACGCUCCAGAGAUUUCGGUUGAUGAGGGACUCGCCAUGUCAUCUCAAGCCGAUGGACAGUACAACUCGGAUUCGGACCAAGGAGAUAGAUCCUUGGAAGAAGAAAACGAACAACAUCCUGAGAGCAAAGGGACCCGCUGGCCGGCAGUGCAGCCAGAUCAUCCCCACAGAGACCAGAGCCAUAGCUGGAACGUUGCUCCCAAGAGGUUAAACUUCGAAACAUUGGAUGAGAGCAAUCCGCCAACCAAAAGACCUAAACAUUCAACCAAUGACGAUUUGACUGGUGGAAAUUCAGAAUGGCCGAACGUGAGGAAGUGUCAACCAGACGAAAAACGAAAAAGUGUCUCAUUUGAAAGCAAUUCGGACUCGCAUGCGGGUGCCCCGUCAUCAGAGCCGAAGUCUUCUUCGUCACAGAGAACGGUCCGUCCAAAGGCGCACAGUUAUACCAGUGGGCUGAAAUUUCCGGUAGUUAAGGACCCAAAUGAUCCUUUGACUAUAGUGCGGUACAGCCAAGAUGAUGGACAUCAUUCGAAGAAAGGAACUGAGUCAUUUCAGCCUCCCUCGAGCUCCUUCACAUCUGGAUCUGCCACUGAAAUUUCAGGUAAUGCUAGUGGAACUGGAAGUUCUUUGGAGCUACAUUCCUCUGCAACCGUGAGAGGGCCUAUAGCACUCGAUCCCCAUCUGUCUGAGACCAUUAAAAACAUUCAUCAAUCAUUCGAAAUUGCACCAAACACAUCACUGUGUUGUUUUAGAUCCACUGGCCCAAGUUCCAACGAAGUUGCCUCAACGAUAACUGAGUUUGGACGCCCUUCGGUCGUAUACCAAAAAGCAUAUUACAGCGACGAGGCGGAUGUUCCCGAAAGACCAAGAGAAUAUGGCGGCAGAGAAUUUAGACUGGAAAGCAACACCAUCCAUUAUCUGCCUGAUUUUGAACCAACCGCAGACGCGCCUGCAAUGUUUGGCGAGCAGUCACCGACAACGCUUGACCGAGAUCAACAAGAGAAGGCAGACCGACAUCUCCGAGAGAGCUGUACAGCUAAGGUCUGGGAGUUUGCACCUGUUCCACCAACCCGCUCAGAGGUCAUACAGUGGUUUGAAGAGAUUGAAGCUGCGCAAAAGUUGAAGCAAAAGGAGCAAACAAAAACUCGGCUCGCUCAGAUGAAAGCAGACUUACUCUCCCAGAUUGAAGGUCCAACACAGAAGAAUGCCCAAGGCUUCAAAUAUUCACAGAAGGGAGUGUCCACAAGUGUGGAACACCAGGCUCAACAUAUGAGUACAAUGAGCUUGGAGCUACACGUGAAUACCCGCGGCGCUCUCUUCCCCAACCCCGAAGAGGAUGAGAUUACUUGUUUAUUCUGGUGCAUUCAGACUGAAGAUGACGACGUUGAGGUCAACAGCCAUCUUCCUGGGGUCCAUGUUGGGAUGGUCUACCACGGCGAAGGUGAGAGACCGGAAGCCAAGAUAUCCAAAGCUUUGACAAUUGAUGUCGAGCACGAGCCCACAGAACUGGAUCUCAUUAACCGACUAGUCGACUUGGUCCGGUAUCAUGACCCCGACAUCAUCACAGGUUACGAGGUUCACAGUGCUUCUUGGGGAUAUGUGAUUGAACGAGCUCGUAAGAAGUACGAUUUUGAUAUUUGCGAGGAAUUUUCUAGGACCAAGUCUCAAUCACAUGGAAGAUUUGGCAAGGAGGCAGAUCGGUGGGGGUAUGAUCACUCAUCGUCUGUUCGCAUCACCGGUCGACACAUGUUCAAUAUAUGGCGCGCUAUGAAAGGCGAGCUCAACUUGUUGCAGUACACUAUGGAAAAUGUUGUGUUUCAUGUUCUGCAUCGUCGGAUUCCCCACUAUUCGCCUCGAGACCUGACGAAGUGGUAUCAAAGCGGCAAACCUCGCAAUAUGCUCAAAGUGGUAGAGUAUUUCACCUCCCGGGUGCAACUGAACCUCGAGAUCCUUGAGGCCAAUGAAUUAGCGCCAAGAACAAGCGAGCAAGCAAGAUUGCUAGGCAUCGAUUUUGCUUCUGUGAUAUCUCGAGGAUCCCAAUUCAAAGUUGAAUCCUUGAUGUUCCGAAUUGCUAAGCCUGAGAACUUCCUGCUUGUGUCACCGAGUAAAAAGCAGGUGGGGCAGCAGAAUGCAUUGGAGUGUUUGCCCUUGGUCAUGGAGCCGCAAAGUGACUUCUAUACCAGCCCACUUUUGGUGCUUGAUUUCCAGUCACUGUAUCCGAGUGUCAUGAUCGCGUAUAAUUACUGCUACUCUACAUUUUUGGGUAGAGCAAUGCACUGGCGUGGUCGAGAUAAAAUGGGGUUCAUGGACUACAAGCGAGAGCCCAGACUACUUGAGUUACUCAAAGGCAAGGUCAACAUCGCACCAAAUGGUAUGAUGUACGCCAAGAAAGAAGCCCGCCAGUCCUUGCUAGCCAAAAUGCUCUCAGAGAUCCUCGAGACUCGUGUGAUGGUUAAAAGUGGCAUGAAAGUCGACAAAGACGACAAGGUCUUACAGCGCCUUCUUAACAACCGACAAUUAGCCCUCAAGCUAAUCGCAAACGUCACAUAUGGUUAUGCAUCCGCCUCAUUCUCUGGUCGAAUGCCCUGCUCAGAGAUCGCCGACAGCAUCGUGCAGACCGGGCGAGAAACCCUUGAAAAAGCCAUCGCAUUCAUCCACUCAAUCGAACGAUGGGGCGCCGAGGUAGUUUACGGCGACACCGACAGUCUAUUCGUCUACCUGAAAGGCCGCACCCGCGACCAAGCCUUCGACAUAGGCGAAGAAAUCGCCCAAGCAGUCACAGACAUGAACCCACGACCAAUAAAACUCAAAUUCGAAAAAGUCUAUCACCCCUGCGUCCUCCUAGCAAAGAAACGCUAUGUAGGCUUCAAAUACGAACACCGUAACCAAAAAGAGCCCGAAUUUGACGCAAAGGGCAUCGAGACCGUCCGACGCGACGGCACCCCCGCAGAACAAAAAAUCGAAGAAAAAGCCCUCAAAAUCCUCUUCCGCACCGCAGACCUAAGCAAUGUCAAAUCCUACUUCCAGCGCCAAUGCGCAAAAAUAAUGCAAGGCCGCGUCUCCAUCCAGGAUUUCUGCUUCGCCAAAGAAGUUCGCCUAGGCACAUAUUCCGAGCGCGGCCAACUCCCCGCCGGCGCGAUGAUCAGUACAAAGCGCAUGCUGGAAGAUCCCCGCUCAGAGCCACAAACCGGCGAGCGUGUGCCGUAUGUCGUUGUCACGGGCGCGCCUGGGUCAAGACUCAUUGAUCGCUGCGUCGCGCCGCAGACUCUCCUGCAUGAUGCGCAGCUCGAGCUCGACGCCGAGUACUAUAUCACGAAGAACUUGAUUCCGCCGCUGGAACGGAUUUUCAAUCUUGUUGGUGCAAAUGUGCGGCAGUGGUACGAUGAAAUGCCGAAAGUGCAGCGCAUUCGGCGGGUUGAUGCUUCAGCGCUUGCGCGACCGAAUACGGGAUCUGCUUUGGGGUUUGUGACUAAGAAAACUCUGGAGUCCUAUAUGCGCUCGUCGUCGUGUGUUGUGUGUCGGGCUAAAUUGUCUGAUACUACUGUUCCUGUUUGCGGGGAGUGCCUGCAGCAACCGCAUAUUGCUUUGCUGGAUGUUGUUUCGCGGUUGCAACGCGCGGAGAAGCGGGUUGUGGAUUUGGAGGCUGUUUGUCGUUCUUGCAUGGGUGUCACGGCCUGUGAUGAGGUUAGCUGUGAUAGUAUGGAUUGUUCGAUCUUCUACUCGCGGACGCGAGAUGCCUCUAAUUGGAGGCAUUCGCAGGCUGUGCUGGGGCCAGUCGUGGAGUUAUUGGAGCGGAAGGGCGAUGAGGAUCUGGAUUGGUAA